ACAUUUCCUAAGUUCCUCUUCCUUCAAGAAGAUUCAUUUCCACAGAGAUACAAGAAAUGGCAUCUUUCAACAAAUUUAAAAACGUGCUAAUGCUGGCGUUUGACUGGAUCCUGUAUGGUGCUGGUGUUGCAGGUCAGUGCCGCGUCACUGUGGCCCAGCCCAGGUUUCAGCAGGCUGACUCCUCCAUGAACGUGUCCCUGCCCUGCUCCUUCUCUGCCUCUGGAUGCUCCUCACCCCAACCUGAAGUUCUGUGGUUUCGCUUUUUAACUAACACACAUCAGGGUUUGUGUACUCCUGACUGCACAGAUCAUCAGAAGUAUAAAGUACAUUCAGCAGGAAAUAACAUCUUACUUCAGAUCAAAGAUCUGGCUGAAGAUGACAGCGCUGUUUAUAUCUGUGGAAUAGCAUUUUCAGACUCAUCACCCCUUUCGAAACAAACAGGAGAUGGAACAGUACUAACAGUAACAGGAUCAGGAAAGCAGCUCAGCCAUGGAAAACUCAUCUCCAUGACCAUUGCUUCAACUUUACUGUUCCUGUACAGCUCUGCUGUGCUCAUUUCCUUUGUGGUCUACAAGUUAAAACCAAAGCUCCAAAAGAAAAGUGGGAAAGACCAAACAACAGAGAACUGUAAAAUAAAUAGCGGCCGAAAAAUUUUUCAAGCAAUUGCUCAAGAGCUUCAAAAGCAGAGAUAUGCUCAACACCAACAACAGCCUGAGGAUUUGGAAGAUGACACUGUUUAUCAGAACAGAUGAGCACGUGCAGCACUUCAGAUUUGUUCAACACUUCUCCUGCAUGCAAAGGAGCAGGUGAGGAAGUCAAGCUUCUUCACAGACUUCUUUGCUUCAAAGGAAGAGGAGAAAACCUUGCAGGGCAGUGUUCUUCAGGAGUAUUUUCUAAACAGAUCACCAAAACCAAGUUCAUUGUACCUUACAUCUGUGUUACAUAUUCCAUUUUUCAUUUCCAAGAACCCUGAGAAAAGACUUCAUCUUUGUAAGACAACUGCUGAUGCUUUAUUUUUACUUUAGAUUUAAUUCUUUUUUUUUUCUGUUUAUAUAAACUUUUAUGUAUUCCUGUUACACGAAACAGGAUGUGAAAGAUGUUUGACAAUUGACAGCAACAGAAAAUAAACUCGUUUCGUGGGUGAAA